AUGCGCAACGCAGCGGCCGAGACGCUCUUAAGCAGCGUCAGCGCCACCGGCAUGGCACUGACGGAGGACGGCUUUGCGGAGUACAUGGACGAGGCUGACCCGCUUCGCGAGCACCGCAACUCGUACCAUAUUCCCAUGAUGCGUGACGGCACCCAGUUCUCGUACUUUGCUGGGAACGCUCUGGGGCCGCAGCACGUCGGCGUGGAGGCCUCUAUGGCAACCUUCCUAAAGAAGUGGCGCGAGCAGGUCGUUGAGGGGCACUUCAUGCAGCCCACGCCGUGGUUCGAGAUUGACCAGAUGUGCGUCAAGGACAUGGCAGCCAUCGUGGGUGCCAAGGAUACGGAGGUGGCCAUCAUGAACACCCCUACGGUGAACCUGCAUCUUCUCCUGAGCACCUUCUAUCACUCACAGGGCAGCAAGAAGAAGAUUAUGAUAGAACCUCACAGCUUUCUGAGCGACGCCUACUGCCUCCUCUCGCAGCUUGAGACACGCGGGCUGAACCCCGCGGAGGACCUGAUCAAGAUCACGGCGCCGGGCACCAAGGACGGGAACGGCCCCGCCUCCGUGGUCCCGAUGGAGGCGUUCCUCUCCACCAUAGAGAAGCGCGGCGACGAGACAGCCGUGAUCAUCGUGCCAGCUGUACAGCACCUCACAGGGCAGUGGCUCGAUAUCCCCGCCAUCGUGAAGGCCGCGCACGCCAAGAAGAUCCUCGUCGGCGUCGACGGCGCCAACGCCGUGGGCAACGUGCCGCUGCACCUCCAUGACUGGGACGUCGACUUCGCGUUCUGGUGCACGUGCAAGUACCUGAACAGCGGGCCCGGCAGCAUCGGUGGCGUUUUCGUCCACAACAAGCACACGUCCGGCGCCAUCCCGCUCAAUCACCUGAACAGGUGCUGGGGCAACGAAGUCCAGAGUUGCCUCCCGAAGCACCACAGCCUCGAGCCGGCGCCAGGCGCCUCGGAACUGCACAUCAGCACUCCAUCGGCCCCAUGUUACAUGAUUCUGGCGCCGUCACUGAAGCUGAUGGCGUCGGUUGGCAUGGAGGCGAUCCGACAGAAGUCGUUGCUGCUUACAGCCUACCUGGAGCUGCUUGUGAACGAGCUCGUGCCUCCGGGCUGCGUCGAGAUUGUGACACCGGCGGACCCGAACCAGCGCGGCGCCCAGCUCUCACUCCGCAUUCUCCCAAAUAAGCUCAAGUCUGGCCAGGCGGCCACUCCGAGAUACCAGUGCGGCGCCGGCGGGGCUGGAGAGAUGGACGACGCCUCCCUACUGCAACGCCAGCUGCUUGACGAGGGCGUCAUGAUCCACAGAUGUCCCCCAGACGUGGUGCCUGUGGCACCGGCACCCAUGUACAACAGCUUCGCGGAUGUCCUGCGUGCUGUGCGCAUCAUUGCCUCCCUCUUCUAG